AAGCGCCGCCAAGGGUUCCGUAUUCCACUUCUCCCCGCUCGAGACAGCACGAGACGGCGAUGGCGUUCUCCUCCUCCUUCGCCCCCUCGGGAGCCUUCUACUACGACCCCUCCUCCCUUCCCGCAUCUCUCGGCACCCCCCGCAUCGGCUCCGUCGAGGUCAGGGCUUUAGCGUUCCGAUCCAACCCCAACCCCGCUCUCGCUUCUUCCCCGAAAGAAGCCGUCUUUUUGGCCGCUUUUUUAGCUCGAGGCGAUGGGGGUUUCGCCCAGACGAGGAAAUGGAGUUGCUUUGCGGGCCUUGAUGGUGAUAAUGGUGCCGGCGAUGACGGAGGAUCCGGCGAUCGAGCUGGCGGCGGAGAUGGCGGAGACGAAGGCGACGGUGAGGACGGUAGCGACGAGGCCGAGUUCGGCCCGGUGAUGAAGUUCGAGGAGGUGAUUCGGGAGACGGAGGCGCGUGGCGCGAGCCUGCCACCUGAUCUGUUGGAGGCGGCCAAGAGCAUUGGGAUUCGCAGGGUUCUUCUCUCGAGAUAUUUGGAUUUGCAGGGGUCAUGGUGGCCGAUUGGUGUUGCCAUCAGGCAUUGCUCGUUGCUUCGGAAUCGGAUGCUUGCCGACCCAUCGUUCCUUUUUAAAGUGGCAACGGAGAUAGUUAUUGAUUCUUGUUGUGCGACGUUCGCGGAGGUUCAAAAGAGGGGAAAGGAUUUUUGGACGGAGUUUGAAUUGUACGCUGCAGAUCUUCUGGUCGGGAUAGUUGUCGACAUUGCUCUAGUGGGUUUAUUGGCUCCCUAUGUAAGAAUUGGACGGCCAUCUGUGUCAGCAUCUACUGGGUUUUGGGGAAGCCUCAAGCGUGGUUUUGAAGCUUUGCCUAGUAGUGUUUUUGAAGCUGAAAGACCAGGCUGCAAAUUUACUAUUCGGCAACGGAUUGGGACAUACUUUUACAAGGGAGUUCUAUAUGGAUCAGUUGGAUUUGUUUGUGGUAUUGUAGGCCAAGGCAUUGCCAACCUAAUAAUGACUGCUAAGCGGAGUGUAAGGAAAUCUGAUGAAGAUAUACCUGUUCCACCACUUGUUAAAAGUGCUGUUCUUUGGGGUGUCUUUCUAGCAGUAUCUUCUAAUACUCGCUAUCAGAUUAUUAAUGGCCUAGAGUGUGUGGUUGAGGCAUCACCAUUUGCCAAACGCAUCCCACCUGUUGCUAUGGCUUUCACAGUUGGAGUUCGUUUUGCCAACAACAUCUAUGGGGGUAUGCAGUUUGUGGAUUGGGCUCGAUGGAGUGGCGUUCAAUGAGGGUAUAGAAAGACCCUAUUAUUGGAAAGCCUGCAGUGUUAUUACUAAAGCGAUAUUAUCACAUUGCUUUUGUUGAUGAUGUUUUCCAGUGCCAUGCAGCAAUUGGCAUCAGGUCACAGGGUGGUUCAACAAAGAGAAGUUUGUUAUCUGAGUGAGGGAACUGAGAAAAUUGCUUCUUUAUCAUCUUCUUCUUGCAUUUCAAUCAUCGGAUGGCUGAUGUCCCAUUAAUAUUAUCUUAUUGUAAGAUUAUUCUUUCAACCAGGUUCUAGGAUGUUAGAUUUUUCUUGAAUUCAAAUUUUUCAUUGGAGCUGCGCACAGGACAUCAGCAAACAGGAUGUAAUUAUAUAACUUGUUCCUGUAGAAUCACACAGACACCUCAUCCAUGAAGAACACGAGGCUAGAUUGGUUUUUUAUCAUCUGAUUGCAGAUAUAACUAGGACUCUCCCCCUGCUAGAAGUCUAAUUUCAGUGUCUAUGAAUCUUUAGGCUGUGUUCCCAUGCCUGAACUCAAGUAACUCCGAUUCCAUAUGUUCUUAUUUUAGACUGUGUUCCUCUAUGAUCAUUUGCUGAUUUAUUAUCUUCAAUCAUAUCUUGGUUGUCUCAGUUCACUGGCAUAAGGAGCAAAAUCUCACCAUGGGACAAAUGACUGAUUCACUCUCAGACCUUACUCUCAACUUUUGCUCCUAACUAUUUUUAGAUUUUGCAGGAUUUAUCUGACUCUUUUGACAGAUUCUCCCCUCCUUGUGGUGAUCCUCCUUGAUGAGUUUUCAAUGUGAAACAAAUUCACUGCAAAUAUAGCAUCUAUGUUGAUGCACAGAGGCACACAGCUUUGUCCUACCUAGCAGCACAAUGAAUAGAAACUAUUGAUUGGUUACCAUUGACAUGUUUACAAAGUAACCUUAAAGAGAAGUGCCUUCCCCUCUUGGCAAGUUGGAAGAUUUAUGUGCAUAUGAUGGAUUCCAAUGCUGCAUAUGGUACUAAGUGCACAAAUGCACUCAGAACUCGUACAUACCUCUUUGCUAAGCAGCUGAUUCUUUCCUCCUUCACCUGCUGGUCGAAACAUAUGCUGUUCAUACCAUCCUUUCAUCAUGUUUACUUGGACAGUCUAAUGCAAAUGGACUAUCAAGCUUGAUCAAUUCUUUCAGUCUUAUUCCAACUCAACAAUUGAUGCCUGAGAGGAGAGAAUACCAGUAGGUGACAUUGUUGACUAUAUCCGUCAUAUGGAUAGCUGCUCUUCUGUUGGUGCAUUCUUAGUGCCAUGGAGCAGCAUUUGCAUGCAGUGUUGACUCAUGAUGGUCUUGAAUGUAAUAUGAACAAAGUAUCUACUGAUUUAUAUAUAUACAUACAGAUCAGUUGGCCUUGAA